AUGGGUGCGUUGCCGAGUAGGGAGACGCAGCGGCGGGGCCUGUACAGCCACCGCCAUGGACGUAACCGGCGGAAUGAGGUGGUGCUCAUUCCCCUGACCGCCGAGUUCUUCCCGGACGAGCACUGCCCGCUCUUUGAGCGCCUCUUUCAGGCGCGGCACCACCGCACGGCGAAGUACUACUACCGGGCUGUCCGUCCCGCGAGCGCGGACUGGGAGUCGGACUACUACUGCCAGACAAUCGCCCACGCCUACGGCCUGGACCUGCAGGACCCGGAGGGGCCAAACAAGGACGGCGCCUUUGAGAGCUCCUUCAGCGACAGUAUCGAGGGCCUCUACCACCGCCUGGUGCGGGAGACAGAGUACUGCAUGUGCGAGUCGGACGAGGAGGUGCGGCAGCGAUACAUGGAUCAGCUGCGGCAGCAGCAGCGGCAGCGAAAGCCGCAGCAGCAGCGGAUGGGACACACGCGGCAAGCUCCUGGCAGCAUGCACGAGGAGUACUUUGGGGCGGGAGCAGGCGCCUACGUGGCCGGCUACAGGGAUGCCGUAAAUUACAUGCAGGGGAAAGGGCAGCACACGCAUCGCAACAGCCACGGCACCCAUGUGACCUCGCCGGCCGCCUUUUACCUUCGCCCGGUGCCGUGCGCCAUUGUCUCACGCUACGACGCCCAGCGGCCGCACACCGAGGAGGGGGUGGAGUUUCUCGGGUCCACGGUGAAGGUGCUCGGCAUGUUCGGCCUCUUCCCCACAACCAUCCCCGCCACCGUCAACGGGGAGAGCGUCGAGCAGCACCUGCUGAAGGCCACCAUGUUUGUGGACAAGGACGUGGGCGAUCAAAUUCUCGGCAACGUCGUGAUGCUGGCGGUGCACAUGUACGUGCGCCAGUGCAUGGAGGCGCGCUUCCGGGCCCCGUUUAUCCCCAUGGUGCCGUUCAUCCUCCGCACGCCCAUCUCCAACAUUCCCAUGCUGCAGUUUGUGCGAGAGAUGCGGGUGCGACUCCAGUCGCUGCUCGACGCCGGCACCCCGCGAGCCGGCACGCGCGCGGACGGCGCUGGAUCGCACGGCGGCGGCGUUGCCGGCGGCGGCAGCUGCAACUCGCUCUCUAGCGCCGACGGCGGGGAGUUGGGCGACGCGGCAGCGGGGAAGAACGACUCGGAUGCGUUUCUCUUUGAGGAGGACAUACCGAGUGGGACGUCGUCACGACAGCUCUUCACAGAAGCGGCGGAGACGAAGUGGCUGCGGAGCCACCCAAGCCAAAACACAAACGUGGAUGGCCAGCUGCCGAUCCUCAUGAUGUCUGGCGUGAGCGUGCAGACGACGCCCCUGAAGCAUCCCUCCAUGACGAACAUGUCGCACGUGCGCACCCCGGCAUGGGCGACCGACGCCGCCAACGAAAACCCGCUCCUCCCCCAGACGAACCCACCAAAGCCGCAGCAGCAGCAGCAGCAGCAGCAGGCGGCUGCUAGGUCGGCGCUGCUUCUCGCCUGCCGCCGGAAUCGCUUUCGCAUUUGGGUCGAGGAUGGCCGGUUGUGUGUUUGGGCCAGUGCGGCGUACGCGCGUCGCGGGUGCCUCAUCCUGGCGCAGCAGCUCACGCUGACGGUGGCCAGCAACGUCCUCCCCCUGCCGCGCUCGUGGAACUACCGUGGCCUCCUGCGCGGCGGCAUGCCUGUGCCGGCGCCGGUGCAGCAAAACGAUGUAUUUAUUGUGGGGCAGGACAUGCCUUCCGUGGGGCUCUACCAGGGCGACGUGCUGCGCUGCAGCACCCCGCGCGAGAUUGCCGACCGCCGACAGCAGCGGAGACCCUCCACUGUCGUGAGCCCCGUCGCGGCCGCCGCCCCACAGUUUGAGAAGUCGCAGCCGCCUCCCGCGUUUAACAACCCCCCGGGCGCCCUCUCCGCCGUCGGCUCACCCACCUCGCCCGGGCAGUCAGCCGCGCCGCCGAACUACACCAGCAACCACGCCAGCAACGUCCUCCUGCAGGAUUACGGGGAAGCGCCGGCGGGGGCCUUUUGGGUGCACGUCGCCUACGAGCGUGAACCCGCGGUGGCGGCGCACAGCGACAGGCGGCGGCGCAGCAGCGCGUCGGAGGCGCAGCAGUACGACGCCGUCGCGUACCGGCAGACGAACGUGGAGGAGGUGCUCCUUUCCUGGAUCAAGGGGAUCUCCAUCCAGACGCGCGACGCCCUCGAGACCGACGAGCACUGGGUGCGGGACCCCGUCCACGGUGCACCGGUGCGCGUGGACCGCUACGUCAUUCGCCGCGUGGAGCACGACGGCGUCCGCCACUUCAUUGGCGUCACCCCCCGCUUCAUUGGGCACCAGCGACGCCUCGAGAAGGUGCUUGGGGAGCUGCGGGCGAUGGAGGGGGAGGAGGCGGAGGAGGCGAGCGAGGGGGAGGAGGCGGGCAACCCGCACGACUGCGCGGCCGCGGCGCUCUCCACGUCGGGGACCACGCCGCCAAACACACAGGCGGACGUUAACAUUUGA